AUGGCAGGUAGUAAUGCAAUCAUUUUUCAUUCAUGCUUCAUCAUCGCGUCUAUUCUCUGCAAUUAUCUUGUAGGGCUAUUGGCUACAGGUUCCGGCAGCGGUGGGUUUACCGUUGAGUUAAUCCGACGAGACUCUCUAAAAUCUCCCUUCGGCAAUGCCAAUACAGAGCGCUUGGACACAUUUUUUCCGCGUCGAUUGGAGGGAGUCAAUUCUAACACCCCCCAAACAAUAGUAAAAGCAUACAAAGGCCAGCAUAUCAUGAAGCUCUCCAUCGGAACACCGCCGGUAGACAUCUACAACAUUGCCGAUACCGGCAGCGACCUUUUUUGGACACAAUGUUUACCUUGCGAAGGCUGCUACAAGCAAAUUUAUCCCAUGUUUAAUCCUCAAAAGUCCUCAACAUAUAGCGACAUUUCUUGCCAAUCCGACCAGUGCCAUGAAUUAAACACCAAAUGUAGUCCUAAAAAUCUUUGCGAAUAUGUUUAUGGGUAUGGAGACAGCUCCACAACCCGAGGUUUUCUGGCCAAAGAAACUGUCGCCUUGACUUCCACGACAGGGGAAAAAGUUUCCGCCAACGUUGUUUUUGGGUGUGGUCACAACAACACCGGCACUUUCAACGACCAUGAGAUGGGAAUCAUAGGCUUAGGAGGAGGGGUUAUGUCGUUUACUUCUCAAAUGGGCGCCGCCUUGGGCAGCAGGAAGUUCUCCCAUUGCCUUUCGCCGUUCGGCACCGACCCCAACAUUCCGAGCAAGAUAAGUUUCGGCAGCGGCAGCGAAGUUUUGGGCGACGGUGUCGUUUCAACACCUUUGAUACAAAGAGGAGACACGACUUCAUAUUUUGUGACGCUAAAAGGAAUUAGCGUAGGAGAUAAAUAUUUGUCGUACGAUCCUUCGGAUGCAGUUUCCGAGGGAAACGUGUUUCUGGAUUCCGGAGCUCCGCCGAUGCUUAUGCCGGAAGAUCUUCACAACCGCUUGGAGGCAGAGGUGAAGAAGCAAAUUCCGUUGGCUCCGGUUGUGGAUGACCCAGAGUUGGGGACGCAGCUUUGCUAUAAAAGUGCAAAGAAUCUCGACGGACCAAUAUUGACCCUCCAUUUUGAGGGCGCCGACGUGAAGCUACCGCCGAGCAAUUUCUUCAUUCCGCCGCCCAAACAGGGGUUUUUCUGCCUUGCGGUGCAGAAUUUUGGGCCUGCUGAGAGUGGUUUUGGAAUCAUUGGAAACUUUGCUCAAUCAAAUUACUUGAUCGGGUAUGAUAUGGAAAAAAUGAUGCUCUCGUUCAAGCAGACCGAUUGCACCAAAAACUAAAGUUUUUGUAAGUUUCACGUGACAUUUAGUACGUAGAUCAAUAAAAUUAAGCCACCUUU